AUGAAGACCAACUCUACAUAUGUUUCAUAUUUCACACUAAGUGCCUACGUUGACACCGGGGUUUUUAAAUACUUGUACUUCCUGAUUGUUCUGACUUUUUAUGUGUUAAUUAUUUGCUCCAAUGUGUUGCUGCUUGUGGUUAUCUGUGUGAACAGAAGCUUACAUGAACCUAUGUACCUUUUUCUGUGCAGCCUGUUUGUAAAUGAACUGUUUGGUAGUACAGGGUUGUUUCCAUUCCUUCUGGUUCAGAUCCUCUCUGACGGUCACACUGUUUCUACUUCUUCUUGUUUCCUGCAGAUUUUCUGUGUGCAUUGCUAUGGCAGCAUAGAAUUCUUUACCAUAGCCGUCAUGUCUUAUGACAGAUAUCUUGCUAUCUGUUGUCCUCUGCAAUAUAGCUCACGUAUGACGUCUAACAAGGUUUCAAUCCUCACUAUAUUCUCAUGGUUGUACAGUGUACUUGCAACUGUUGUCAUGAUGUCUCUGAGCAUCUCUUUACAGCUAUGUGGGAACAUCAUUAACAAAGUGUACUGUGAUAACUUCUCUGUUGUUAAACUGGCCUGUUCUGACACUACAGUCAAUAAUGUUUAUGGGAUUGUUUACGUGUCAACUGUAAUAGUUGCUCUUAUAAUACUAAUCUUCUUCUCCUACAUGAGGAUCCUUAAAGUGUGUUUCUCUGGUUGUAAGCAGACGAGACAGAAAGCUGUCAGUACCUGCACACCUCACCUCGCUUCUCUGCUCAACUUCUCUUUUGGUGCUUUCUUUGAAAUAUUACAGAGCAGGUUUGAUAUGAACAGUGUCCCCAAUAUGUUGCGUAUAUUCUUAUCGUUAUACUUCCUAACAUGCCCGCCGCUCUUUAACCCUUUAAUAUACGGCCUGAAAAUGUCCAAACUCCGUAACAUAUGUAAAAGUCUUGCUUUUGGUCAAAUAAUGUAG